AUGGUCAGCGGAAAAUGCAAGGUGGAGAACAGCGUAUCACUGUGCUACCAUUUGGCCUGGAAGAGAAUCUUGAUCCUAUCUGCACUUGGCCUCUUAGGGCUGCUCCUGCACGGGCUCCCUGUAGUCAGGCACCUGGGAGUCCUCACACCCAUGGGGAUCUGCCCUUUGGCCAGAAUGCCCCUGCUGAGAGACAACUUCACAGGUCCCCUGCAUCCUUGGGCCCGGCCUGAAGUCCUGACCUGUACCUGCUGGGGGGCCCCCAUUAUUUGGGAUGGCACCUUUGACCCAGAUGUGGCCCAGCAAGAGGCUGUACAGAACCUCACCAUUAGUCUGACUGUCUUUGCUGUAGGCAGAUACCUGGAGAAGUACCUGGCGCACUUCCUGAAGACGGCUGAGCAGCACUUCAUGGUGGGCCAGCGCGUGGUGUACUACGUGUUCACCGAGGGCCCGGCCGCCGUGCCCCGCGUACGGCUGGGCCCGGGCCGCCGGUUGCGCUGGCAGAACGUGUCCAUGUUGCGCAUGCGCGCGCUGCACGCGGCGCUGGGCGGGCGGCUGGGCCCCGAGGCGCGUUGCUUGCGCUGCGCGGACGUGGACCAGCACUUCAGCGGGACUUUCGGGUCCGAGGCACUGGCCGAGUCGGUGGCGCAGCUGCUCGUCUGACACUACCGUUGGGGGAGGCGGCUGCUGCCCUUCGAGCGGGACGCGCGCUCGGCCGCCGCGCUGGGCCCGAGCGAGGGCGACUUCUGCUACCACGCGGCCGUGUUCGGGGGCAGCGUGGCGGCUCUGCGGCAGCUGACGGCCUACUGCGUGCGGGGCCUGCGACGGGACCGCGCGCGCGGCCUGGAGGCGGGCUGGCACGACGAGAGCCACCUCAGCAAGUCCUUCUGGCUGCACAAGCCCGCCAAGCUGCUGUCGCCUGAGUUCUGCUGGAGCUCCGACGUCGGCCACCGGGCCGAGAUUCGCCGCCCCCAACUGCUCUGGGCGCCCAAGGAGUACGCCCUGCUGCGCGGCUAG